AUGACGACGGCGGAGCAGUACGCGUUCGCGGAGGACUACGCAAACGCCCGCGGCAUCCCGCGGGUGGAGUACAUCAGCGACAUGGCCGCGUUUGUGAAGAACGGCGGCGGCGCCGACACCCUCAUCAGCAACCUCCUCCUCGAGUCCUCCAAGUACGAGCACAUGGAGAAGCGCCUCGUGAGCAGCAUGGCGAACCUAGACUACAAGAUCCCCACCAUCAAGAAGACCCUGCACGCGCUGAGCUUCCUCAAGAAGCGGCUGCAGGAGGAGCAGGGGGCCGUGCGCUCCUACUACUGCCUCACCGACGCCGUCUUUGGCGAGGCGGAGGUGGUGCCGCAGGAGACGGUGCAUCUCUGGAUGGGGGCGAAGGUGAUGGUGGAGUACACCUUCGACGAGGCCGCGCAGCUGUUGGCGAAGAACCUCGCCAACGCGGAGACGAACCUGCAGCACACGAAGGAGGACCUCGCGUGGGUGCAGGAGCAGAUGACGAACCUGCAGAUCAACAUCUCGCGGGUGUACAACUACGACCUGCAGAGCAAACGCGCGAACGGCGCCGCAGCCGCGGCGUGA